AUGGUAGGAUGGCACUCUCGGUCGAAGUAUUCGUUAGACCCGUCCACGAGCCUCAAAUUUGGGUACGAGGCUGGAUUGACAGGCCAGGAAUCGUCUUUCCUGCAAUACUAUACUGAUGUUUUGUCCCGUAUGGUGACCACAAUCGAUGACAUGAAUAACGGAUUCCGAACAACUUUACUUCCUGUUGCACUUUCACACGCGAGCAAUGCAGCAACAGGGCUCCUGCAUGCAGUAUAUGCACUCUCGGCUUACCAUCUCAAGGGUCAUGAUGCGGCAAUCAGCUACAAGCUUUUAGCCAUAAGAUAUUUGUCACGAUCCUUGCGGCAGGGCGAGGAUGCGACCCUCGCUCAGUUCGCUGCAAGUAUGAUGCUGUGCAUUGGGGAUGUAUUCGACUCUGCAGAUGGAAGCUGGCCUUAUCAUCUUGCUGCCGCAAAGUCACUCAGUGCGCAGCUACCCAACGGAGACCAUAGCAAGGAUCUACUCUUUCUCCAGACAUUACUUGAGUAUCAUGAUAUACUGAAAGGAUUCAGCUCUGGUCGCAUCUCAGGCACCGACUCUUUGUCCAGCGCAGCCACGAUCACCAUGCCCAGGGAAACACAGGAAGAUACCAUCAUAAUUGGAGCACUGGGCUGCUCGCGUGAGCUGAUGAAUCUCAUAGCUCUCAUCACACGUUUACAGAAUUUUACACCUCUCCCGGAUCAUCUAGUGCUUUUACCAAAUUUGAUACACACUCGACUUGGAAAUCUUGUUCAAAUUCCCAUCAUCGACGCCGAUGCACACUCCGGACAGCUUGACUCCAAACGCAUCCUUCAAACGGCCGAGUUAUACCGACUGGCCGCUUUGAUUUACCUCCACACAACUCUUCUUCCACUACCGCGGCCUUCAUCUCCACUUCAGUCACUAGUGUCACGUUCUCUUGAACUCCUAGAAAUGUUCCCAGUCUGUACAUCCCCAUGGCCUUUGUUUGUUACCGCUCUUGAAGUGAACAAUGAUACCGAUCGAGUCCGAGUUCUGCAUGUUCUCGAAGUCAUGCAACGAGUCAGAAGGAUCGGCAAUGUCGAUGUGCUACAAAAAGUAGUCGAGACAUUCUGGAAACAGAUGGAUCUGAGAGGUGCUGGGCAUCAUGAUGAAAGAUUUGAUUGGAGGGAAUUGUUUGACAUGCGUGGCCGUCUGCCAAGUUUCAUUUAA